AUGGCAAGGAAUGGAAAUUUAUCGUCACGCUCUGUUCUUGAGCAUGCCGAACGGCAGUGGCCGUCCAACCCCUAUUUACAUAUGCUGUCCACGCCGCUGCGCCGCUGCAUUGUAUCUCACUUUGUGCUCCCCAAGGCAUUUAUGAUUCAAAUCAAACCUGUCCAUUUGCCAAGCUCAGAAGAGCAUCCACCUGAAAUUACCAUGGCACCAGAUGGCAUCUUACACCCUCGCUUCGCUAUGCGCAAGCCUGGUAUCGGUGCGUGGGUGACCGCAGACCAAACUGUGUUUAAAGACUUGUACAAACGCCAGUGA